AGAGGGAUCCGAUUCCUUCCCGCCAUUUUGAACUUCUUGGCAUUUGGCGGGACUGUGUGCACAAUUAAACUCGAAAAGUGGCAUUUUCACGCUUAAUUGGUGUCACAUUUUUGUGACACACAACAUCUAAAAUGCAUAUAAAACAGUUAAUAAUACAGGGGUUCCGCAGUUACAAAGAACAGACGUGUGUGGAACCCUUCAGCCCUCGUCAUAAUGUAAUCGUUGGUCGAAAUGGUUCUGGAAAAAGCAAUUUUUUCUAUGCAAUUCAAUUUGUUCUCAGCGACGAAUUUUCCCAUCUGCGACCCGAGCAACGGCAGGCACUUCUUCACGAAGGCACAGGCCCGCGAGCGCACAUUGCAUACGUGGAGAUCAUCUUUGACAAUGCAGACAACCGUUUACCGGUUGACAAAGAUGAGGUGUCCCUGCGGCGUGUCAUUGGCUCCAAGAAGGACCAGUACUUCCUCAACAAGAAGGUGGUCACGAGAACAGAUGUCAUGAACCUCCUGGAGAGUGCGGGGUUCUCCAGGAGUAAUCCCUACUACAUUGUAAAGCAAGGCAAAAUCAACCAGAUGGCGACGGCACCAGACUCACAGCGGCUGAAGCUUUUACGGGAGGUGGCGGGCACGCGUGUAUACGACGAGCGGCGAGAGGAGAGCAAGGUCUUGCUCAAGGACACAGAGGGCAAGCGGACCAAGAUUGAAGACCUCCUCAAGUACAUCGAGGACCGGUUGCAGACGCUCGAGGAGGAGAAGGAAGAACUCAAGGAGUACCAGAAGUGGGACAAGAUGCGCAGGUCUCUGGAGUACACAAUUUACGACCACGAGCUAAAAGACACGAAAAAGAAGCUCGACGAGUUGGAAACACGACGCGAGUCGAGCAGUUCAGUUGCCGAGAAGUUGCGGGAAAACCUUCAAAAUGCUGCAGAGAAGAUAAAGAAGCUGAGCAAGGAGCUGCGGGAGGUGAAGUCGAAGGUGCAGUCAAACCGGGAGGAGAAGGAGGCGCUGUGCCAGGAGCAGGCGUCAAUCCUGAAGGAGAAGACGCGGCUGGAGCUGACCAUCAAGGACCUCAAGGACGAGGUGGAAGGGGACGACUCGUCGCGCAAGCGGGCCGAGCGGGAGCUCACCCGCCUCAAGGACACCAUAGCCCAGAAGAUGGCGCUGCUGGACGACAUCCGACCCCAGUACGAGGCGCAGAAGAAGCGGGAGGAGGAGUGCACCCGAGAGCUAAGCCUGAAGGAGCAGAAGCGCACGGAGCUGUAUGCCAAGCAGGGUCGCGGUAGCCAGUUCACCUCCAAGGCCGAACGAGACAAGUGGAUCCAGAAGGAACUCAAAUCCCUGCAGAAGGCCAUCCGGGACAAGAGAGACCAGAUUGACAAGCUUCAAGAAGACACGCAACGAGAUGCAGAAAAGAAGGUCAUGCUCGAAAGGAAAAUUGAUGAGCUGACUCGGGAGUUGGAGAACCACCGCAUCAGUAUUGACAGUCAGAACAAGAGUUUUUACGAGAUGAAGAAACGGAAGGACACCCUGCAAGGAGAAAGAAAUGAGCUGUGGAGGCAUGAGAACGCCCUGCAGCAGAACCUGGCCACCCUCAAAGAAGAGCUGUCGAAGAAGGACCAGGGCUUGCGUUCCAUGACUGGCAAAGCUACCUUGAAUGGCAGAGACAGCGUGCGGAAGGUUCUGCAAACCUUUCGGGACAAAGGCGGGAGUUACGAGCAGAUCGCCAACAACUACUACGGGAUGCUCAUUGAGAACUUCGACUGCGAGAAGACCAUCUAUACCGCCGUCGAAGUCACCUCGGGAAAUAAGCUCUUCUACCACAUUGUGGACAGCGACCGCAUCGGCACCAAGAUUCUCCAAGAAAUGAACCGGCAGCAACUUCCCGGAGAGGUGACCUUCAUGCCCCUCAACCGGCUCAUGUACAAAGAUGUGCAGUACCCCAACAGUAACGACGCCAUUCCCAUGAUCAGCAAACUCAACUUUGACUCCAAGUUUGAGAGCGCCAUGAAAUAUAUAUACGGCAAGACCCUAAUUUGCCGAAAUCUCGAAGUCGCCACCCAGAUUGCACGCACAUCUAAUCUGGACUGCAUCACUUUAGAUGGAGACCAGGUGUCGCAUAAGGGAGCCCUGACGGGGGGUUACUUUGACACGCGGCGGUCUCGGCUCGACCUCCACAAAGCGCACAUGCAACUUGUCAAAGAGAUCACCGAGGUAGAAAAACAGCUGGCAGAGCACAAGCAAAAGCUGUCCGAGACAGAGAGCCAAAUCAACCAAGUGGUCAGCGACAUGCAAAAAGCGGAAACCAAGAACAGCAAAAACAAGGACGUCUUUGACAAGCUCAAGGCUGACAUCCGGCUUAUGAAGGAGGAGCUGACAGCCCUGGAACGUUCUAAACAGCCAAAGGAGCGCAGCUUGGCCAGCCUGGACUCCAGCCUCAAGUCGAUGGAGUCGACGGAACAGUCACUGCGCAGUGAACUUCAGCAGGACCUGCUGACACAGCUGUCAGUGGCGGACCAGCAGGAAGUAGAUCGACUGAACGACGAAAUCCGGCGCCUCACUCAGGAGAACAAGGAGGCGUUCAGCGAGCGCAUGCGGCUCGAGGCCGAGAAAAACAAGCUGGAAAACCUGCUCAACAACAACUUGUAUAGAAGAAAAGAGGAGCUGGAAGCGGCACUCCAGGAAAUAUCUGUCGAAGACCGACGCCGGAAACUAGAGAACAGUCAGGCGGAGCUGAUAAGCGUCAACGCCCGCAUCGGCGACGUCAACACCAACCUCAAAGCCUUGGAGAAACAGGUGGAAGGGAAUAACAAGGAGCAAAAGGAACUACAGUCACAGCUGGAGAACUGGAAGAGUCAGGAGCGGGACUGGCAGGAGCGCAUCAACGAUGACGCCAAGGACCUGGAGAAGAUGACCAGCCGCCAGUCACUGCUCCUCAAAAAGAAAGACGAGUGUAUGCGCAAGAUUCGGGAGUUGGGCUCACUUCCAGCGGAUGCCUUUGAGAAGUACCAAAAUCUUAGUUUAAAACAGUUGUUCAAGAAGCUGGAGCAGAGCAACCACGAGCUGAAGAAGUACAGCCAUGUCAACAAGAAGGCCCUCGACCAGUUCAUCAACUUUUCGGACCAGAAGGAGAAACUGGCCAAGAGGAAAGAGGAGCUGGACCGAGGACACAGCUCGAUCCAAGAUCUCAUGAAUGCCCUGGAGAUGCGUAAAUAUGAGGCGAUCCAGUUGACCUUCAAGCAAGUGUCCAAGUACUUCAGCGAAGUGUUCAAGAAACUGGUGCCGCAAGGCCAUGCAACGCUCCUCAUGAAGACAGAGAGUGACGAACGAGAGUCAGGUUCUCAGGAGAGCCAAACGCCCUCCGUGGACAACUUCACAGGUGUUGGAAUAAGGGUCUCCUUUGUGGGAAAGUCCGGUGAAAUGAAGGAAAUGCAGCAGCUCUCUGGAGGCCAGAAGUCUCUGGUGGCUCUGGCUCUGAUCUUUGCCAUCCAAAAGUGUGACCCUGCCCCUUUCUACCUCUUCGACGAGAUCGACCAGGCCCUCGACUCCCAACACAGGAAGGCUGUGGCAG